GUCAAAUUUAACAGUGACAGUGUUUCGUUUGUAUUUUAGUUAUUAUGGCCGAAGCCAUAGCAGAGGGGUUCUUGUGCCCCAUUUGCCACAAGGAUUUAAGGUCCCCGGGCAAUCUGAUAGCGCAUUUUCAGGACUUGCAUUCGGAAGAACAAGAUAUUUUGAAGUCCAUAAAAGAUUUCUACGGCAAAGCAAAGAAGAAGAUACUGAAAUUGGACGAAAAAGACUUGGAAAUAUUUCGCAACGAAGUGCGACUGGAAAGAUACUACUUGGAAUACAGUGAGCCGCAAGAUGCAGGUCAAAUAAAAUCUCACACCGAUUAUUACAAAGCCAUAAGACGCGACAGAUUGGAUCAUAGAACGGCGGAAACGAAUAAAUUAGUGAUUAGAUUGGACAGACUUUUAAGGUUUUACGGUUCAGAUAGAAAACAACAAGAGCAAGAACUAGUUGCUUGGUUGGACGGCACUACGGUCACCAGAUGUCCAUCGUGUGCCUCCUCGUUUAACAUAACCCGAAGAAAACACCAUUGCAGACUGUGUGGGAGCAUUAUGUGCAAUUCAUGCUCGUAUUUCCUAACCUAUGAGACAGCACAAACUAUAGUGGCCCCAGUGCAUACAAACAAUGGUUCUGAAUCCCAAGCAAGUGAAUCUGAAAGUCUACGUAUUUGUAACCAUUGCCUAGACAUGCUGGAAUGUCGCCGAAGAGUUCAAAUCGAACAAAUGAUGCAGCCGUUGAUAUGCCAGCUUUACAACCACUUGCAAACGGUUAAAUCACAAGUACAGAACUCUGUAGAAACAUAUCAUAAGGUUUACAACUCGUUAACUUCAGGCGAGAGAACGUAUUUGCUGCAGGACGCGCAGAAUCUAAGGACGACGAUAGCAAAAAACGCGGAAAUUUUGGACACGCUGAGCAAAAAAAUCGCCUCGAUGCCCAUCGAGCCCGACACCCCCAAACAACAUAACCUCCAAAACAGCAUACGGAAAGCGACUUCGAUCUACAUCAAGGACUACCUGCUGACCCUCCCGGCGCCCCCUACGGUCGAGGAUUUGGAAAAAAUCAGGGCCGAACAUGCUAUGAAAGUGGUAGAGGAAGACUAUGUGCCCGUCAUGAGGAACAACAUAAAAAAAGUUACUGUCACGACGGGGUGGACCCCCACAAAAGCUGAAAACGAAUCCGACGAGGACCCCUUAAUCGAGCAAAUGAAUAUCGUGAAGAAUUACAUUGACCAAGCAAGACAGGCCCAAAGAUUCGAAGAAGUCGUUUCCCUGCAGGAAAACCUCAAAAUGCUCAAGGAAACUUACAUGCAGCAACAAAGAGUCAAAGCCAACGAGGCUGUUUGAACAUUCAAGGUAUUUAGUUUAAAGAUUAAAUUAAAUCUACAUACCUACACAAAAACGAUAUUUAUUACCUUAUACUUAUAUUCCAAACUGUACUAUGUAUAUCUGCUAAACUAGUCACUAUUUUUGUAAAUACAUUGCAUAAUUUUAAGGCACAAAUCAUAGAAAAAGAAUAAAUAAAACUGUUUUUAUUUGAA